AUGUCUUCGCCUAGGAACUAUCUCGUGUGGGGCGCCAAUGGCGUCUCUGGCAUCGCUGCGCUGCGAGCGCUGGUCGAGCAGCCGAGCGAGGUGGUUGGCUCGAUUCUCGCCGUCUCGCGCCGGCCGCCGCAGGUGGAUCUCAAGGACAAGCGCAUCAAAUUUGUCUCAAUCGACAUCCUCAAUGCCUCGGUUGACGAGAUCGCUGACCAGCUCAAGGCGAAUGGAGGCGACAAGGUGAACGCGGCGCUGCACUACACCUACAUCGAGAAGAAGGACGCCCAGGAGCUUUUGGACGUCAACCAUGUGCUGCUCAGCAAGGCUCUCGAUGCCACGUAUGCCGCAGCGGGAAAGCAGCUCAAGCAUUUCCACCUGCAGACCGGCUACAAGUGGUACUCGCUGCACCUGGCCAACAAGGACAUCGCUUCGCCCGUUCCGUACCAGGAGGACGCUCCGCGCGGUCCCACCGACCCUCCCAACUUCUACUAUGACCAGGUGGACACGCUCGUAGCGCACGCUCAGAAGCACGGAUACGCGUGGUCGGAAACGCGACCCAACACCAUCAUCGGAGCGGCCAAGGGCAACUUCAUGAACCAGGCCGUGUCGACGAGCCUGUACCUGGCGCUCGAGAAGGCCAAGGGCAAGAGCGAAGUGCAGUAUCCGGGCAACAAUCUCAACUGGGACCAGAUAUUUGUCUCACAGAGCACGGCGAUCAACAAUGCGCGCUUCCAGGUCUUCCUCACCGAUCCGGCCAACGCGGCCAAGUGCGAGAACCAGUCGUUCAACAUUGAGGACGGUGACAAGCGCACGCUCGGCCAGCUCUGGCAAGACCUCGCAAAGGAGCUCGGUCUCAAGGUGCUGCCCCCUACCGCGGCGGGCGAGGCCAAGUACAACGACAAGCCACCGAAGCUGAGCCUGAGCCUGGACGAGUGGAGCAAGCGACCCGAGAACAUCGAGGCGUGGAAGAAGCUCACCAGCGAGAAGGGUGGCGACCCCUCGGCCUUCUCUGACCACGCCACGUUUGCGUUCGCCGACUUCACGCUCGGCGCUACCUUUGACCAGCAGGGUAGCCUCGACAAGGUCAGAGAUGCAGGUUAUGCGACUGUCUGUGAUACGGUCAAGGACGGAUACCUCGAGACCUACCGAUACCUCCAGGAGAUCGGCACUCUGCCCCACGACUGA